AUGGUAAGUCCGCCGCCGCAGUCGGUUACCCGGUUCGCAAUUGAUUCGCAACACUUGCUGCGUGUCGGCGUGGAUCCCGUUGAUAAAUGUGUGUCACUUGUUCGCGUAGCUCACUCGCAAGCGCACCUAUUGUACGCGUGCCCAUUGACAAGCGCCGCGGUUCGGAAAAAGCUCGGCCGGCGGACGGAAAUCGCGCCCGAAAAACGCCGGAACGCGACGCUCCGAUGGACGCCGAAAUCGCAUUUUAAAACGUGAGUAUGCCCCCGUCCGCGAUCAAUCCUAAUGGUGGCGUUCCGUAAUACCACGCGUAGGCACGGGGUUCGAUAGUUAUUCGUGUGCGCUAUUGCCGCCCGUCCGUCCGUAUUCCGAACCCCGUAUUCGGAACGCCGAAACACGAACGCCGAAACGGGCUAGCCGCAUAAUAAUUUUAAUAUUAUUAUUAUACGGUCCGUAUGUUAUUACGCAAUAUUUAUCUGGUACCAGGUACCGAAAAGUUCGAUGCACUUGCCUGCCAACCAUUACCUACCGACCAUUUUAUUUUAUUGUUAAUAUAAAACCGUCGGAAUAACUUUCUUUCACGGCGGAACCGGCGGCCGCCACUAUCUGUUUAUAUACAUUUUCACAAUAGUACCGAAUUGUUCGUACCGUUCGCGCGUAUUACGGAAAAUAAUACGCGAUAAUUACGCGAAAAAAUGAUUCUCGAUUUAAAUUACAAGAUUCGUUUACCAGAGUCGAAUAGGUGAGUAAUUACGUUGUAAUGUUCUACAUAUUAUGUUGUAUCGGUAAUUUUGAUGGAAACAUAAAAAAAAAAAAAAAAAUGACGAAAAUCUAUUAGUAAUAUAGCAAUAUAUUAUAUCGGCUUCGCGGGAGUGCUCCACGAUGACACGACCGUUUUUUAUUAGGUAUUAUUAUUAUUCUGAAACAGCUAUAAUAUUGUACAUGAUGUUUUACACCGCGCGUGUAAUCAAUGAAAAAUUUAAUACAUAUAUAUAUAUAUAUAAUUGAAUGAGUAUUACAAAACAAAACAAAAAAGUUUUAAAAACGGUUAUAUUAUUUCAGAGGUGACGUCAGAUUCAAAUACGUAUUUACCAUAAUGACUAACCAAGGUAAGUCGCACGUGCAUUAUUCUAUACUAUAAAUCGACGGUAUCGUAUUACUCCAUACGGAAUACAUUAUGACUGUUAUAUUAUCUAUUAGUUAUACACAGAAUAAGAAAACUACUUCGAAACCCACAGUGUAUUGACGUUCGACUUACAAUCUUGGCGAAUGUAUCGAAUUAUACAUGCAUAUAUACAGCGUGUUACACCCAAACGGUAACCCGAAACAUUUCAGCCGGAUGGACUUAGACUGAAAUUGGAUUUUUAUUAAUAGGUAUUUUUAAAAUAUUGCACAUUUCGAGCUGCUUUCAAAAUUGUCACCUUAUUUUAACACUACGUCCGAAUAUUUCUAUUUUUUCGAUCAACUUAGAUUAUAGUACCUACGCUGUUUUCCCCUAUCUCGCCGCUGAAAGAUCUAAAGUUUAUUAAAAACUAUGAUUAUUUUUGCUCGUCGAUUUUUCGUGAAAUUUAUUAUGCGUGACUUUGGUAAUGAGGAAAUUUGAUUAAAGAUAAUCAUAAAAUUACGUGUAUAUAAUAACACAAGUUUUACGUUUUUUGAAAAAUCUUAAAGAAAAUCGUAUUUUUAGAUAAAUUUUAAAUGGCAGUAUCUCAGGCAAUUUUUGAGCUAAAAAAAAAUCAUAUUUCUCAAAAUUACUUGAAAAAUGUAAGACUAUUCGAAACUGGUGUUGAAGUAGAUGGUGACUUCGUCGAAAAAAUGCAAGUUGUAUUGCGCAUUUGCGCACCACAAGAGUUACAAUUUUGAAAAAUAGACUGAAAAUAUGUAUUUUUAACAUCCGGUUUUCCGAAAACAAUCCCAUUUCAAUCCAUGUUUAUCCGGCUGAAACGUUUCAGUGAAAGACGCUGUACAUAGGCAUAAUUGGGUUAUUUUUUAAAUACCUUCCAACUUAAACAUUUACAAUAAAACACGUUUAAAGAUAUUUUAACAAAUUUUUUAAACCCACACUUACAGGUACCUCUCUAAUCUGCUUUUAUACAUGUAUGUAUCGACAUUUUUAUUUUUCUAAUUUUUGUCUAGAUAAUUCACAUUUUUUACAGUUAAAUCGUAAUACCUGAUACACAAUGUAUGCCAGUAUGCCACAUGUUAGUCGUUGAACAAAUAAGCACAGAAGACGAUAGUCGGAAAAUGAAAGAUUUUAUAAAUCAGUAAAUAGUGUAUCAACUCUUGUCCUUCCACUAUAAAUCGAAAUUUUUGAUUUUAUAACUAUCUAAUACACGUAAAUAAUCGGUCUUUUAAUUCUAACAUGACGUGUGUUGCUUCGAGUAUACGACCGCUUUAAAUAGAAGCCAAGUGACAAAAACUCACAUUUGACAGGAGAAUAAAAUAUACCUGAUACCCAAUCGAAACGACCUAAUGAUUUUUACUAUCCGAUAUCCGAUUCUCCGAUAAUAUCGCAUAUAAAAUAAUAUUGUAAUUGUAACCUUCAUUUAAGGUCAACGCAUCACGGUAAACUGGUUAUCGGACACUUUGCAUAGCGACAUUAAACUUAAUAUACAUUAUCGUAUUAGGUAUAAUUUCAGAUAUUAUGCUUUUGUCGUGUUUUUUUUUACCUCAUUCCUCCUUAUAUAGUAUUAGUAAAUAUCUAUGAUUUAUAAAUACCUAUAUUAUGUAUCACGCAAUAUCUAUUAAAAAUAAAACGUUUCCUUACAUAAUAUAUACAAUACAAUUAUUUACGUAGUUUGUAGGCCACAGAAGCUCACAAUUCAACAGCAUAAAACCGAUUUUAAUUAUAAUCCCGAAACAUAGCUCAGCAAUUAAUCUGCUUGUAAUGAUAUCUAGUACUAUCGAACCGCGAAAUUUCUAUAAACAUCAUCGUCUGUUUUAAACUUCCGUAUUCCUUUCAAAUACAAAGCCUAUAUCGUAUAUACCUAUAUAGUCACCAUGUAAAAUUGUCGAUCGUGUUAAAUAUCGCAAAAUGUUGUGUAACCCGAAAGCGUAAAUAUAAAACUGAAAAAUUUAACUAUAAACACUAAACUCAAAAUCUAAAUUCUUAAACUAUACCUAUUAUACAAUACAUUCAAAUGAGGGACCAGGUACAGUUAUAAAGGACCCAAUGAUGCCGAUUUCGCUUACUUCGACUGCUAUAGGUAUACCCUGCAAUGUUUGUGUACAGAUAAAAUCGUUUUAUUUUGUUUUCGUUAGAAGAAAGAGUGGUGUUAAUAACAAAGUCAAAGAGCGUUACGUCAACAGUGUUGGUCGUCGAACGACAAGUCGAUAACAACAACGACCGUAACGAAAAGAACGAAUAUAUCGCCGGCGGAGAACACAGCGGCAUCGUCAUCAGUAAAAUCGGAAAUUAUGGUAAAAAAGAAAAACUAUUCGACAUUUUCAGAAAAAAAAGAAAACCCAAUCGUUGUAAUAUACCUAUUUGUUAGAUGUUGAAAACGAGACACCGGCCGACACGUCGGUUCAGUUUUGUGUGUUUUUGGUCAACGGCCAAACGGGCCUGCACACUAAAGAAAUGCGUACCAUCAGAUUUUGGUGCAACAGAGACGAAAAGGUGGACGCAUCGGCAGUGGCGUCUCAAUUUUUCCAAGACUUGGUGUCGCCCGACCAGUUUCCUCUCGGUAAUUUCUAUAAACAUUAUACAUUUAGAAUAUUAUUUAUAAGGGAGAACCCAACUACACAGGUUUUGGUUCAGUUCAGUUAGGUUCGAUGCAAUCGCGUUCCGGCUGAUUGCGGAUCUGCGGUCAAGAUUAAAACUAUGAUAUUUGAUCACACGUCGUUUUUAUAACAACCGUAAUCAGUCGUUUCCGUAUACAGUCGGCAUUUCGACGUCUAUUUCAGACUCGAUAUUAUAUUGAAAACAUUAAUUCUAAUAUUAUGAUAAGGAUUUAUCCAGAACAUAAUAUCACAGAUUAUACAAUCAGACACAGAUUAAUUUAUCGACUUUUAUGAAAUUUUAUCGAGCACACAUAUUAUAAACUGAUAAUUUUCUAUUAAACAGCUAUAGGGAAAAUAUUGUUACGUUUUAUUUUUAAAUUUAAUGUAUAAGUAACUUAAACUAUACCCAGGGACGAACGUGAAAACGAUUUCAACGGCGGGGGGAAGGGAGUUUUUAAACAAAUAUUAAACAUAUUAUUAUAGUGUAGCUGUAAAUUAAUAGUAUAUUUUCUUUUCACAUAGGUAUCUACAACAAAUUUUAUGACACUACAGACCAUACGAAUAUCUAUUAAUGUUAAAUGACAAAAAUAUCAGGUACUGAUAACGAAAUAGACAUUAUUCGUUAGUCAGCCUUCGGUCAAUUUUGCACUUUAGUGUAUUUAGAAUUUUUUCAUGGAAGGAGAUAUUAAAUUCGAAUUAUUUGGAAAUUGCGCCAUGUGUCGUAUUGUAUAACGUGAACCUAGGCUAAAAAAAUAUCAAUUUGUAUAAGUAAUUUAUAAUUCAAUCUGCCCUAAAAUUAUUAUUGAAAUCAAAUAAUUAAAUAUAAGUAAUAUUAUUAAUUACUAUAAUUUUUAUUUUCUAUUAAUCUAACCUCAUUCAUAUUACAUAGUGAUUCGGAUAUAAGUUUUAGCGUUUACUUUAAACAAUAAAAUGUGUAGGUACAUUCAGGUUUUGGUCAUAUUAUCAAGAAUACAUUUUUGAUUUUUUUGAUUAAAAAUAAAAGAAAUUUGAAUUUAAAAAUAGGUAUUAUUAUAAUUACCUGCUAAAAAAGGUGAAGAGAGGAGAUAUAUCUCCCUAAUCUCCUUCCUUAAAUAGUUACCCCACUGAAUUAGCUAGUCCGGGGUAAACGUACUAAACUCGUAUAAGCGAAAAACUAUAAAACGGAUAAUUUUUAAUUACUGUGUAACACACUAAACAAUUAAACCAACCGGUCGUAGUAGUACCGUGCCUAGCAAAAUCGGCACCCGGUGUCAGAAAACCUGAUACAGGUGUAAGCUAAUCGGAUUAAUAUUUGCGUUUUCAGAUUACGUCGGCUUUGUCAAAAGAAUGUUAACACUGAUGCACAAAGGCUACAAGUGUUUAUCGAGGCUCGAGAUCGAAUUAAAACAGUUAGAAAAAACUUCGAUUAAACCCGUUCAUCAAGGUAGGUACAACUAUAUAUUUAAUUAGGCAUACACGUAAUCAUCAGUUUAAUAUUCGGAGUGUAGCGAGUAAUAUAUUGGUUUUAUUGGUUUUUUUUCAAUAUUUUUUUUUUUUUUUUCUUAAACUGUCUAUAAAAUUUCUAUCAGAAAUCUUGUAUGUAUCAAGUGUAGCACUUCUUCUGGAAUGAAAUUUUAUUCUGUUGGUAAUUUAAGAAGGUCAUUUUUUUGAUUUUCCAAGCGGUUUUCAUAAUAAUUGGAAAAGAACGUAGGAAAAACGUAAGGACAAACGGACAAAUAUUUAUAGCGUAACGAUUUUAUGAUUUUUACAUUUUUAUAACUUAUGUUUUCUAGUAGAAAUAUUACUCCGAUAAAAAAACGACAAAAGACUUUACUUAUAUCCUACCUUUCCUAGUUCUCGUCAACAACAGUGGCCCACCCGAGGUACAAAAUUGUUCGGCCUAUUUAUAAUCAAUUCAACGCACGCCCAGUAUUUAAUUGGUUACAUAUGUUUCGAAAUACCUUUUCACUAAAUUCGCUUUAAAAAAAUACAAUAGAUCCCUCGCUACGUUAAGAAUCUAAAAAAAUGUACAUCCAGUUCAAUCACAAUAGUAUUUAUUAUUUGAUAACGAAUUUUAUUUAAAAACAUAAUACAAGUUCGCGCAAAACAAAAAAAAAAAAAAACUAUUUUCAAUGAUUUUAGAUUUAGUAAAACAAUUGCAAAAAAUAUACUUAUUUUAAAUCUCUGUAAUUAUUUUUCUGAUUGAUUUUUCGAAAAACGAAAACCCCCCUUCGACAUAUUGUCAUUUAUAUUUUUUCGUAAUAUAAACGAUUAUAAAUAUAAGUAUUUUACUUGAGAAUCUUUAGCAAACUUUCUUGUAUACAUUAUUGUUUUCGUAUUUUUAUUAUUAUUAUUAUUAUUAUUCAGUUCCAGUUGAAAGUUCAACGACGAAUUCGGAUAUUACACGAACGAAAUUGCGUGAAUUAAUUGAAUCGUCGUAUCCCAACCCACUAACUAUAGACGAUAUUUACAAGUACCGAAAACUCAGUUUUACUCGUUCGAUGCAUCCGAGUUAUUUAUAGAUUAACCGUUUAUUUGUUCCAAUAAUAGAAAACGUGGAUGGGAUCACGCCGACAUAAAAGACAAUUUGGAUAUACUGCAACAGUCCGGAAUCGUCAAACCUGUCGACGGUGGCGGAUACACGCGAGUCGUCCUACACGAUAAAGUAAAGUAUCUCGUCCGUUCGUUUAAUUAUUCUUCAGGGUGAUUCUUUUAUAUCUCGAGUUUGCGAUUAUCUAUGAAGAUUUUGAGUAUACAUUUUAAUAUUGGUUUUAAUUUUUUGACCGUCAUAGAAUCGUUUCCCAAUGUAUUCAACAAUUUCCCCAUAUCCAGCAUGCCGUAAACACCCAUCAAACUCCAACUUAUUCAAACGCGAGUUACUGUUUGAAAACUAUACGUUAUUAGGUGUGUGUUUACACGGAACACCGACUGGAUAAGGAUGAAAUUUUGAAAAUAAUAUAACUGCAUAAUCUUCUCACAUAAUAUAGUAACUGAGAAUAAAACAACUACAAAUAAAAAAUCAAAAUCUUUGACAUAUGUACAUUAUAGACAUCGGUGAAUGGUUCGUAGUAUAAUUUAUACGGUAGAAUAAAACAAUCGCCCUGUACAUAUACAAUACAUUUUAUAAUUAUUGGGUUAGUAUAUGUAAACCAUAAUUUCCCUUUAAAAGAUCGUAGAGCAAAUCCCGAUCAUCCAAACCAACCGGCAGCCGACCGUCGCCAUCAUCACGGCGGAAUAUUGCGAAAAGGUCGCCGUGGACGCUCUGAUCGAGAAUAAAGAGACGUUCGUGAGAUACACCACAGUCGGUAAGAACGCAAAACGGCGAUAUUUAUUCGGUAUGACAUUACCUAUACCAUGUUACAAAGCCGCGUAACAGUGAUGUAUGACGUGACGGCGACAGUAAAAAAAAAAAAAAGAGAUAAACAAAAAAAAAGGUUUACCGCCGCAAUCAAGGUUUGACCUGUAUAGCGAAAUUAAUAACUGUUAACAAGUCGCAAUAUAAUUAUUAUUAUCAUUCGCGAACGUGCAACGAUUUCCAGUGUCUAAUUAAAUACGAGGUCGAACAGUUUCGUCAUACUGCAAUACCCACUCGUAUAUAUAUAUUGUAACAUCUCACUCCCACAAGUUUUUAGAAAAAUAAAAAAAAAUAAGUAACUACGUGAAUAUGGGACAGUUUUUAUUAGACGUAUCUAUUAACAGUGGCGUAGUUGAAAUUUUAAAUCGAGAGAGUGGAGCUAAAUACAUUAUUUUAACUUCAAUCAUGAGUAUAGGUUAGAGUGGUUUGGAGGGCUCAUUAUUUCCUCUUACGAAAAAGAAAAAGGAACAAAUGGUUUUCAUCAAUGUAACACUUAGAGUUUAAACAAUAUAAUUUAUAAAAAAAAAAAAAAAAAAAAACUAAAAUUGAAACGAAAAUGUAAUAGGUAUGUAUGUCUUGACAUGUUUUUUAACUUACUAUAGGUACGUAUUACAAUUCUUUGGUGGUAUGCUGUAAGAGAAUUUUGUAUAAAGAUAAUAAUUAUUCAAUUUCCAUUAAUGUCUUCUUUUUUUAUUUAUGUUAGCCAAGGUUAAUCCAUUGAGAGUCUAUUUUCUAUUUUUUGACAUACCUAGUAGAUACUCAUCCUUUGUUUUCAUACAGUUCUGUGUAAAAAAAAAAAAAAAAACGUUCUUUCAGAAGUAAAAGAAAUAAUUACGAGUAGAAACUUAAUUGACAUCCACAAAGUAAAAUAGUAUAUUUACAUAAACACGGGAGAAAUAGCCCACCUAGUCCUUCCCAUGGAUACAGCUCUAUCUACUAAAUAUCAGUAUUUUUUUCUAUAAACAGCUUUUUUUUUCUUUUUCAUUUGAGUGACAUGAGAAGGGAAGACAUCCAAUGAUAGAACCCAACGUGAUAUUUGUUUUUGUUUAACUUACGUAUUAGCGUAAAAAGUCUCUAUACAAAUUUCGUUUGAGGAGGCGCACUGGGUUUUCAGAUCAACACUUUUUCAACCAGAAAUCUUGCUCCGAUCAUCAACUUCAGAAGUGGUUUCUAGUUGCAAAUUUUUUAUAAAAUUUAAAUAAUGAAGCAUUGGCGAGGUCAUUUUUUUUAUUAAUAGGAAAAUAACGGCAAAAUUUACGCAAUAUAACGGGUUCUGUUAUUAUCGAUUUCGUUUUAGACUCUAAGCGGAGCGAGAAAUGUAGUUAUUGGUUUUGUUUUUUUUUUUUCAAUACUGUAUACAAAAAUUCUACCAGAAAUCUUGCUCCGAUGUAUCAAGUGUAGGAAAUUAGUUGGUUAGUAAUUUAUUUGAUUUUCCGGACAGUUUUUAUAAUAAUUGGGAAAAACCGAGAAAAUUUACAAAAAAAAUAUGCUUUUAUUAUUUUAAAUUUUGUUUUUUUUAUUGUAAUUCAAUUCAAAAUGUUUAUAGAGACUUAAAAUUUGAAUUUUAUAUACGUGGUCAAAUUUUCAGAAUAUUUGAGUAAUAACUCAAAUGUUAAUAACUAAAAUGUCCAUAAAUAUAUGGACAUUUUAAUUUUGCUAGUUACUCUGUGGAUUGUUAAGCCAAACAGAAAUACUUAAAAAUUUAACAAGCUGUUUGUUAUAAUUUGCACUUGGCGGUCAACAAGAAAAAGUUGAGUUUAAUAUACUAUUUUUUUUAUAAGAAUUUUAAUAACAAAUGUUAACGAAAAUAGGAAAUAUUUCAAAACUUUCAAAACCUUUCAAAACUUGGUUAACCAAAUUUCGCUCAGAAUCGUUUUUCAUAAGAGACGAUUUAUUGCUAUGUACAGACAUAAAUUAAAUUACCCUAUGUAUCGUACCUUGACAACUUUCCGUUUAUUUUUUAAUGCCCAUAUCUACGAAUAGAUGUUAACAAAUUAUUCAAGUUUUAUUCUUCUUUUAUUUAUAGCUAUUAAUUGUUGUAAAAUUUGUUCGGGAUCAAUACUAUUUAUUACCAUAUCACUUUCAAUACUUGUUAUGGAUAAAUUACCGAACUGAUCUUGAUCCAUUGUAGACCUCAAAUAGGUAUUUAUUUGCCUCAUAGAAGAAAAUGCACAAUCUGAUGUAACAGAGAAAAUUAGCAAUGUAAUGGUAAUUUAAAUCGUCUUGUACAAGUUCGGGAAAAUUGUUUUGUGUUAAGGUUUCCUGGAGGUGAUCAAUACUAAUUGUUUUUUCGUACAAAUAAAAUAUUAUUUAUUUUUGGGGCUAAGUCCCUCAUUCCCCCUUGUUGCGUCUAUGGAUAGGGGAUAUAAAUAAUAAAUGUAGAUACAUAAAUCUAAUUACCUAAUAAUGAUAUUAUUAGGUAUUAAAACUAUGGCGUCCUUCUUCGCACGAAUAAAAAGUAUGCCGCGCCGUCGUAACGGCUCGGAGGUUAUUCAUAUUAUAUAUUAGUCGAUCGAAUUUAAUAAUUUCGUAAAUAUUUGCGUGUUCAUGGUGGCCAUUUGAAAUAAUAAAAUUGAUAAAGUUAAAAAUUACGUUUUUUUUUUUUUUUUUUUUUCCCAGAACAAUUUGGAAAUUUUUGCCUUUUAACAAUCAAACGAACGACAUUAAAUCGAAGUCGAUAAGUAUAGUCAAUAUUAUAUAAAAUAUAUAAUCGCGCUGAAAACUCAACGCAGUUUCCUUUUCUCCGAAAGUUCAUCGUAAAUAAUAGCAUUACGCACGGCGUACCUAUGAUCAUUGAUCACUGUUAUAAAGUAUUACAUGUAUUUUGUAAUAAACGGUUGACAAAAAUGACAAACAUACAUAUUAACAUCGUAGUAAUUUCAUUUUGUUUUGUUUUCAGGAGAAUCUAACGUUUAUACGAUAGGUAAAAUGGGAAACCACAGUGUAGUGUGUACCAAACUUCCGGCGUUGGGUCUAAGCCGACAAGCGACAAUAGCUUCGGGCAAUGCGAUAACCAGGUUGUUAGGUAAGUACCUAUAUAAAUAACGCGAAUAUCUGGUGGUCAAGGACGGACGUAGUAAUAUAUUUUUGCGUUCCAACGUUCAAAUAAUAAAAUAUUAUGUUUAAUUUUAUCAGGAACCUGUAUGGUAUAAAAAUUAAUUUCUAAAUUUCAAUUUUUCUCGACGGGCGCAAUAUAACCGGGAAAUCUCCCCAGCAGGGGCACGAGCACCUACACGUUUUUGCACGUUUUUCAUUUUCGAUUUUUCGUUCGCAAUUUAGACGGAUCGUACUAAUAUUUCAAAUCACUAUUAAAAUUGUAUAUUGCGUGUUUGGCCGUAAAUGCAUAUCCGUCGCAUAUUUCAAUGAACGCGAUAUCGCGAAAAUAUUUCGGUAGGUCGACGCCGGAGUAGCGACAAUAGCAGCGCUAACUAUUUCAAUUUAAAAUACGUAUUGUAUACAUUAGAAUUAAUGGUCAAGGCAAUCCAGUCGGUUUAAAAGAAAUAGCUCACCGGCUGUAAUCUUAUCAUUACCGUCGUCAUCGAUGUCAUAAAUUUACUUUUAUAAUACCUAUACAGGCUAUGAAAUAGGUUUUAAGAGGACGUUUCAUCGACAUUUUUAAAUAUCAAAAGCCGGGGUCAAUUUUUUCUCCAGUCCGCACCUGCUGGUGGUUCGAUAAAAUUUUCAAUUAACAAAUAAUAUGAAUAUUUUCUAUAGGAACUUUUCAAAAAGUCGAACACGUAUUCGUUUGCGGUGCCGGUGGCGGUGUACCGCAUUAUACAAACUACGAUAAACACGUGAAACUAGGGGAUGUCGUGGUCUCGCAUUAUGGAAACAAACAAAAGUAAGACGGCGACAAUAUAUGAUCCGUUCGAAACGUAUAGGGCACUUAAAAUACAAUGACGUAGGUAGCCAGGGGCGGGAUUUAUUAAGUCAACAAUUACUUUCAAGGUAUUUGAAAUUGAGUUGAGUUUAGUGAUAAAAGAUUUUUCCAUUGUUAUAACAUUGAUUUUAGUUUGAAAAUUUUUUUUUUUUAUUAUUAUUGAAGUAAGUACGAGAGGAUUGCAAAAUUAAAAACCCACCUCCGACAUUUUUUCUGGAUACGCCACUGGCGUUACCUAUUAUAAUUUAUUGUCUUCGCGUUUAUAAAUCUAACGAUUUUAUCGCGAUCAAUUUUAAGGGCCGUUUACACGUACUGCGAAAACGUUUUAAACGAAAACGGUAAUAUUACAUUCCACUGCCGUCAAUAUAGUCCAAAAACGUUCGAUAUACAGAUAGCUGCGAUGAAGUUACAAACAGAAGUAAGUAGUACUUAUACGAAUGUAUGUACUUGGCUUGAAAUAAGGGAAUGUUUGCGGUGAAAAAUAAAAACGUGAAUUGUUUUUUCAACAGGUCAAAUCGAUCGAUAAUACGAGGCCGUUGUGGGACGUUUACUUGAGCGAGGGUCUGAACAAAAUCGAAAAACAAAAGACGGACGGCGAAUCGGAUUUUAAUCGGCCGCCCGCGGAUUCGGAUAAACUACAAAUGUUUAUUGGAGGAGGAACAGAAUUAAUUGAAAUCACUCAUCCGAUUUCAGACAGUCAAAAAAACAAAGAUUUGUACGCGCGUAGCAAUAUAAUAAUAAUACGAUUAAUUUUGACGAUUUUCUAACAGUAUUGCUGAUUGUGUUCACCGGUUUCAGAGGGACACGAAUACACGUAGGUCCCAUUGGAGGCGGACAGAGCGCCGUGUCCAACGAGUCCACGAGGAAGAAAUUCGCCACCGAGUACAAACUGUUGGCGAUGGAUUCGGAAUUUGACUCGGUUAUGGGAUCCCUUAUGGGCAAUUAUUGUCAUUCAUACGCAGUCGUCCGAGGAAUUUCCGACUAUAAAGACGGAUCCUUAAAAAACGAUUGGCAACCGUACGCAUCUUUGGCCGCAGCGUCCGUUAUCAAAGCAAUAUUAUCAAUAAUCAAGAUAUAAACUACUAGGUUUUCACCUACUUGGUUGAAAUAUUAUAUUCUCAUAUCCUCGAAAAAUAUUAUUUAUUAUUACAUAGAAAUUAAAUAAGUUAAAUAUUUGUUUGGAAUUCAUAAUAUGUUCGAAAACUUUCAAUGUAUUGGUUUUUGUGGGUUCAUUGUUCCAAAUACAACUCGGUAGGUAUCAUUAUAAAUUGUAAUAUACACAUGAUAUUAAUUAAUUAGUAUUUACAAUAAUUUUUAUCUAGUCCUAAGUAUAAUAAAGAAUAUUAUGUUAUUGAUCUUGUUGUUAUUAAUGAAUUAUCAAUUGUUUAUUAUACACAUAUAUAUUUAUUUUUUUAAACAUAACAACAAAAGAAUUACUAUAUGUGUUUUUAUUAUAAUUUGUCUGUCUGGUGAUCAACUGGACAAUUAAUCAUUAUUGGUCUUCAAAGUUUCUGAUAGAUAGUAAAUUUUGUCCGAUUGGAAAUGAGAAAAUUAAUUUUUUUUUAGUUGUAACUCAGUGAGACUUGAUUUUCAUGAUGUAUUUUUAGAGAAAUAUUAGCCUACAGAUUAUUACAAUUGAAAAAAAUAAAUCAUUAUAAUAAUUAGUCCCUCAUAACGAAACUAAAUACCAGUAAAAUACUUUUCCUAGGAGUAAAAUGUCUCAAUCGGAAUUUUACAUUAGGUUAGAUAUCAAUGUUUAACUAUACGGUUAAAAUUGGUAUAAAACAAAUAAUAUAAUAUUAUUAAAUAAUUUAUGUAAUUACCAUAAUAUAUUUUCAACGUUUACAAAAUCUAUUAUUUAACUUGCUUUUUUUUUCAAUAUACAAUUUGAAUUCUUAGUAUUAAUUUCAUUCCCAUUUUUUUGUAACAUCUAUAUAUUCUCCAUCAGGACUUUCGUAAUUUUCAAUUGGAGGUGUCUCUACUGGUCCAAUUAACUCGUAUGGCAAUAAUGAUUCAUCAAUCUCAAUGGCUGCUUGAUAGAGCUCUUCCGAAACUUCGCGUAACUCGUUUAAUGCCCGUUGCUGAGAAUAUUCUAAAUCAUUGAUUACCUGGAGAUUAAAAUAGUGUUCAUCGUGUUUAUGCUUUGCCCAUUGCUUUACUAGAGAUAACCUAUUUUCAAGUUGAUCAACAGUAUGCUCCACAGCUGGUCUCUGACGGAUAUUUUUUUCAUUGGAUAAUAAAGCCAUCAAUUGUACCUCAUCAAUGGGUUUAAAUGUUUUGGCCACCUACAGAUAAAAAAUUAUAUUAUUUAUAAAUAAUUAAAUGAAAUUACGUUAUUAGUAAAC